AGACUCGUCGUCCGAUCGAUUUUCGCCUAAUGUGAGGAGGGGGGGGGCAUUAGCGUAGCGGGUCAUACUCGCUAAGCAGAGGUUAGGCUCCGGUUAUUUUUUUACGCCUUUUUUACUCGUUUUUACCGGGCUUUUCUAUUUUGUAUUGUGUAUUGCUGUGUCAAAACGAUACAAUACAAAGUAGAAAGUAGACACAUAUCCAGACAGAUUCACAGCAUGACAGACAUAAAUACAGGGUCUAACACUUCUGUGCUACUUGUCACCUAUAUGGCUUUCUUUUGAUGCACUGAUUGAUCAAAGAAUAUGAUUUGCAUUUACAGUGAUCACGAUGAUGCUAACAAUUUUCUUGGUGCCAACAAGGAGGUUGAAAGAGGCGACAGCACUGUUGAAGAUUGGCACUUCUAUGAAAAUAAGCUGCAUCCCAGAAACAAAUCAUACAUGUAAAGUUUUACAUGGAUAUGAAAUCAGCACAAACCUCAUUAUUCACAGGCACGACGUGUGGCGCUUGUCGUCGAUUCUGUCCCAAACUCCCUUCGGAUUUUCCCUGCGAAGAAAUUGAAAAGACACGCCGUAUUAACAACUGAAUUGCAGGUUUCAUCAAUAAACAUUGUUUUUACCAGGCAGAUGCCCUGACUGCCACUAAUUGUAACAGCUAAUUUGUUUGGUGGUAAUUGUAUAUUUGUUCCCCGAAACCGCCCAGAACAAUGCCGUCUAAUUAGAACCCCCUGUACGAUGGGAAUUAGAUGUUUACUCUGCAUAUUCGCUAAGCGUGUAUCUUGUUACAACACGAGAAAAAGGUGACCUCAAGUUACGAGGCUUAGAGACCACGUUAAGUAACGCACAAAACUUUAAAACUAGGACAUGUGUGUUAGAUUAGGAAAAGUUAACGGGCUGUAUUUUAAACUAUUUGGCACCGCGAGAGACUCGUUAGAAAAAUAGACACCAUCACCUUUUUACAAACAGUGUGUUCAGUUACAAGUAACUCGAAGAAAACGACCCGAUUAUCAAGAAAAUUUGCCUAAGCAGAAAUGUUCUAUUCCCAAAGCAAAUAAUCUUACCUUGAUGUAUUCACGGAACGCUCAAAAGUAAAAGGUCUUAUCGCUGAGUUUACAACACGUCUGAACUGCUAUGAACAAAUGGCAUAAUGUGAACUUGUGACAGUGAGGUGAAAGCCUACAGGGGCGAUUCACCGAUUCAGUCAGUACACAUAACAGUAUUCAUGAGCAAAAGUAGGUCUGUCACAAAAUUGUGCGUAGCAGUUUUUGCAAGAGCCAUGGAAAAUUUCUGUGCACGUCAAACAGUCGGAAACUGUGGUGAAUAGCAGAGAAAUACGUCUGUUUUGAGACUGUGUCACUUGGGUUGCGAUGUUUGUUUGACUGGUAGAAUUUCGCGCAUGAAUCGUGUUUUUGCUACUUCCGUGUGUCGGCUGCAGUAUGGGGAAGUCCGCUGGGGGUCAAGUUAAAGUGUCUUUAUGAGAAAAUGAGCAGGCAAACUCAUUUCAAACAUUUUGUAGAUUCUACCCUGACAUUCAACAUAUUCUAUUCUUGUCAAUACCUUUUGCACCCCGCUAUAAAUUUCGAGUCAUCGAACCUCCUCACUUCAGCGUCCUUCAUUAAGACUUACCGUUACACAGCCUCUGGUAAUGGGCGCUCACGAAGGCGUAAGUAAGUGUUGGAUAUACUCCCAGACAUUCCGCUGAUGACGGAUGCUAGCUGUUUUCUGCUUAUUCUCUCGAUAGGGACGCAAGUCUGAUGCUAUUUCAUUUCCAACGGCAGUCAGUAGUUGUUUUUUGUAUUGCCAAACGCUGCGUUCUGAGCUGGCAUUUACUGACUGCAUUUCAUUCGGCAUUUUGGAUAGAAUAGGGAGGGUUGUCAUGUCUAAUUAGUUUUGUUUGCUGAAUGAAAAAACUCCAGCUUUCAUUUAUUAACGUGCACGUGGCCAGUCCGCCGCCAAGGUGUCAAAGAGGAGGCGAGGAAUAAAGCCCAAGUUGACAUGAUGGUACAAGAUGACGUGCACCGGCAGCCCAAUCAGAAGAAAUCGUGUCUAUAUGAUAACAUCUCUCACCCAGCGUGCUCAGACAUUGCAAUGCUAAGGACGCUUUGACAAGCAACGAAGAUAUUCAUCAUGGCUUCUAGCUAUAGGUCACAAAGAAGGACGUCUCAUAUUAGGGACGUAGUUAACGGGAGACUAAAAACGCAAGUCCCUCUCCCACUGUUGCACGAAUGGUUGCAAUCAUGUAUCGAUUUUACCGGGAAUUGCGAAGAUUUUGUAACGACUUGCUCGCUUCAACAAUCUCACAAAAGUUAUUGUGAAAUACGUUCAGACGGCGACCUACAAAUGUCAGCAAUGAUAAGCAAAAAGCGGUUUGAAAGACAGCUUGCAUCCUCACUGCUAUCAAAAAACCGUCGCUACCAUGACGUUUUCGUGACCAAAAAGAAGCUUCAAGGAGGUGCAAGAGGCUACUGUGGCAUUCGGAUAACCAGACCCGGUAGAUGUGCACAUUCGAUCACGAAAGAGGAAAUGAUCAGUUAUUUACGUACAUCCCCUAUGGACAGGCCCUUGCCAUUUCGAUGUGUCCGAGUGGAGCGAGAUUUCAGAUCGGCAGGCAUGUGCGCAAUUGCAUCGAAAACUAUAACCAGAGGCAGCAUAGUCGCCGAAUACAGAGGUGAACGAAUUUCAGAUUCAGAAGCCCAGAGACGCCUGUCCUCCAUUCAAGACGGGGAACCCGCCAAGUUACUUUGGGUAUACACUAAAAGCGCUGCACCGAUGUGUGUAAUUGACGGAGAUUCGUCAGACUAUAAUCCGGCGGCACUAAUAAACCACAGCAGAAACAAUACCAAUCUUAAACUUACAACGGUUACAGGAGCUGAACCUGACCCCGCAGUUCUACUGAUAGCCAAACAAGACAUUUCCCAGGGGAUGGAAUUACUUUUUGACUACGGGACGAGACAUGGGGCUGAUUUCCUGCGACAAUCUCAGACCCUACAGCCGUGCCCGGCCUCCGACAAUCCGUCACCAGAACACAUCGGCUCUUGUCACAACUCACAUCUAAACGAAGAUAGUCCACUCUCCUCGUGUUCAGAACAUACAACAACUUCUUCGCCCAGCAUGGAAGGGGUGGAAAGCCCUUCUUUCUAGGCACACAGACAGUACCAUAGGCACAUUACCGGUCAGCGUUCCGUCUCCGUCUUGAAGGCCAAGGGCAUAUUCCAACAACCAAACCUGUCUCAUACACCGCUGAAAGUGAAUCAGGCCGGCGGAUACAGAGCAGAGAGGAAGAGAUCAACACAACAGGCAAAUGUUUUUGUUUUUUUCAUUCUUGCUUUUUGGUCAAUGUGUAAGUUAUGGCCCGUAGGUUUUGUCUUUUUGUCCUUUGUCUUUGUUUUGCUUGUCUCACCCUGUUUACAUUUAUUUUUUUAAAUCUAGUAAUGUGUUGGCAACGUUGCAUCCUCAGAAUGAAUUGAAGGUGUUUAGAAAGUAACCAAUCUUACGGUGGCAUAAUCUUUUUACAUUCAGGUUCUGCGGACAUGGACAGCAUCGCUCCGGCCAACUUUCAGACGUGGAAAGGGACAAUUCUGCUCUCCAAACAAACACCAAAUAUCGGUGUUUUGGUGAAUGACAUUCAGCAACAAAUUGCUUAUAAUGGCGGUAACAUUUCUAUUGCUCACGGAGAUGUCUUUAUUUGGGGAACUGCUUUUCAAUCCCUAACAUUUCACCGUUUUGUCGAUUACAUGUAUGCCACUACUACGUUAGGACUUUAUUACCCUGAAGCUUAUUUUGUGGUCAUCACACCUUGCCCACAUUUCUAGACAGAAGAAGCUGCGUGUGAAAGAGCAAAUAACACGAUGUCAGUGCCGACUCCGGAAUAGAAGCAAUGUUCGUAUAAACACGGUCCGGUAAACGGACUGGUAAAUGUUUGUGUUCCGACUUCUGACAGUGAAGAGCUUUUGAAACACCAGGGGCAGAUAGACAACUGCCAGGUGUGGUUUUCUUGGGCACCGUUCCACAACAGGCGGCAUUAUGUAAAACAGCAUGGACUUUCGCUUACUUCAAUAAAGAAAUGUACUUGUACUUAAAUGACUUGCAGUGUUGCAUUGAUCCAUCAGU